AUGUCCCAAUCUAUUGAUUGCCCCUCACCAGAAUCAUGCUUUAUACAGCAGCCACAUGUGCACCGACCUCGCCAAGUAGAACCCAAGAUCCUUAAUUCAAUCCUAGAUCACGUGGGUAAUACACCGCUCGUGCGCCUUCACACGAUUGCCAAAAAAGCUGGACUCGAGUGUGAGCUACUGGCCAAGUGUGAGUUUUUUAAUGCUGGUGGCUCCGUCAAGGAUCGUAUUGGCAAACGCAUGAUUGAGGAUGCCAUGGCCUCGGGCCGUAUUAAGCCGGGCGACACGCUCAUUGAGCCCACGUCGGGCAACACGGGCAUUGGUCUGGCGCUUGCUGCUGCGCUCUACGGCUUUCGCAUCAUCAUUACGCUGCCGGAGAAAAUGUCACUGGAAAAGGUAAAUGUACUGAAGGCGCUUGGUGCCGAGAUUAUUCGCACGCCUACUGAGGCGGCUUGGGACUCGCCUGAGUCCCAUAUCGGUGUGGCCAAGCGACUUGUGAAGGAGAUCCCCAAUGCCCACAUCUUGGAUCAAUACACCAAUCCAUCUAAUCCUCUGGCUCACUACGAUGGUACAGCCGAGGAGAUUCUUGAGGCUUGCGAUGGGCGCGUCGAUAUGGUCAUUAUGGGUGCUGGUACUGGUGGAACUUUGUCGGGUACGGCGCGCAAAAUUAAGGAGAAGUGUCCGAGCUGCGUCAUAGUCGGUGCUGACCCUGUUGGAUCUAUCUUGGCUGAGCCAGAGAAUCUUAACGACGAGAAUCGGCUAAAACCCUAUCAAGUUGAGGGUAUCGGCUACGACUUUAUCCCGCAGGUGCUGGACCGCUCGCUAGUGGACCGUUGGAUUAAGACAAGCGACCAAGAGUCGUUCUUGUUGGCUCGUCGCCUUAUUCGCGAGGAAGGACUGCUGUGUGGUGGCUCGUGCGGCUCCGCCAUAGCUGCGGCGUUAAAGGCUGCGAAAGAUCUUAAAGCUGGUCAGCGUUGCGUCGUAGUGCUGCCUGACUCGACACGUAACUACAUGUCCAAGUUUCUAUCGGACGACUGGAUGUAUGAAAGCGGCUAUGUGAUGGAUAUGUCAAAGAACGCGUUGAGUUCGACGUGGUGGGCGAAGAAGAACGUGUCGGAGCUGCUACUGCAGCCCCCCGUGACUAUUACUCCCGACCUCACGUGCAAAGAGGCCGUGGACAUCUUGAAAAAGGAAGGCUUUGACAACCUGCCUGUCGUUGCGGAUGAUAAUUCGAUCGUAGGUGUUGUAACCGAGGGCAAUCUUAUUGCACAGCUGAUGCCUGGUCGUAUCCACCCGAUUGACCCAGUGGAGAAGGCUAUGUUUAAGCAGUUUAAACAAGUGAGUCCGCAGACGUCAUUGUACGAGCUGAGUCGUAUUUUUGACCGCGACCACUUUGCGCUUGUCGUUACUGAGCAAAAGCGCAUCUGCAAGGGCGGCGAGGCGGAGACAAAGUCCGUCAUCUUUGGCGUUGUUACUCGAAUUGACCUGCUCACAUACAUCACGCGCCACAAUGAGCAUUGGCAUGGGUAA